GGGGAGUUUUUAUUACCCCAGUAAUAAAGGAGUUUUCCAGGAAUCCAGACGAGCACUUGCAGCAUCAGCUGGCGAUGCUUCCCUCAUUCUGUCCUUUCUCCUGCUUUCUUCUAUCCUCCGUAGUCAUUUGCCUCAAGUGGCCCGUGCGGGCCGCAGGGGGAGUGCAGACUUGAACGGAUGCUUCACUUCGCAUCUUUUGGAGCCUUCUGUGCAGUGUUCAGGGGGGCAAAGACCCCAAUGCAGAGUCCAGGGGGCUUGAUGUGGAAUGGUAAAGAUAAGCCGUAUCAUCAUUAUCCUUGCCGUCAAACAGUGCCUCGAAAGAGCGUUUGGUGGCAAACUACUGGGUAUCAGCCGAAACAGCUCUAUGAAUAUUCUGAGUUAAGGGACUUCGCUGCAGUGGCUACACCGGCUACGACACAUGGGCGACGAGUGCACCAUAGACGGUCACCGACAGCCAUGCAGCGACGUUUGGAGAACAAGCAGGAACGCUUCUCAGCUCGUCAGGUCGUGCACGAAGAGCCCCAUUCGCAAGACAAAGCGGAGGAGCUCAUGAAAGCCAUCCUGAAUCUCAAGAACGAGGUCAACGGUGUGCUUGAUCUCGCAAACAAGAACUUGAAGGCGUCGCAGGAGAGCUUGUGCACGAUGCAGAACUCGCUCGACGAUUGCUUCAAGAUGCCCGGCGCUACCGAGGCGCCGAGCGCCGCCGAUGCUGCCCCCGGCCGAGCCGUGGUGGCCAACGCACCUGGCCAAGCCGUGGUGGCGGGCGCAACCGCUCCUCCAGACGCUUUCGGCCAGCCCGAAGGCGUCGCCGCUGUUGCCAGCCAGACUGACGGCUGCGGGGAGAGAAGUGCAGAGGCCCGAGAAGACGCGCGCAAUCGGCGACAACUGACUGUGCGGCGUCCAGGGGGCGCCAUCUACUUCGAGAUCGGUUCGGGCGCCGAGAACGAGGAGCAGCGCGAGGUUGCCCUCGAUGCCGGGUGCGCUGCAGUGGCUGCGCCUGCCCUGGAUCCAAACCACAAGCCCCUCUUCGAGAACCGCCCGCUCCCUGGGCCGGGAUGGGUCCGCGUUCGAGAUGCAUUUCAUUUUCGAGAGCCUAUUGCUGGUGAUAGUGUUGUAAUUUUCUCUCCAGAUCCGUGCGCUGACGAACGAACUGGAACGUUGGUUCAGAGAAAUACCUCGUCCUGGAUGAAAGACUGUGAUGACGGUUGCAUGGGGGACGUACUUGUUGCCGACGGCGCUCAGGACUGGUGGGGGAAAGAGACUGGCUGGCACGAGAAAGAGUUCGUGAUCCUCUUUCAUCCUGAGAGCGCGCCGAGAUACGCGAGUGAGUGCGCAGCACUCGUCGAAUCCGCUGGACAGGGGCAGUUUUUAUUACCCCAGGAAUAAAUGAGUUUCCCAGGAAUCCUGACGAGCACUUGCAGCAUCGGCUGGCGAUGCUUCCCUCAUUCUGUCCUUUCUCCUGCUUUCUCCUAUCCUCCGUAGUCGUUUGCUUCAAGUGGCCCGUGCGGGCCGCAGGGGGGGGGGGUGUGCAGACUUGAACGGAUACUUCACUCCACAUCUUCUGGAGCCUUCUGUGCAGUGUUCAGGGAGGCAAAGACCCCAAUGCAGAGUCCAGGGGGCUUGAUGUGGAAUGGUACAGAUAAGCCGUAUCAUCAUUAUCCUUGCCGUCAAACAGUGCCUCGA